AUGGGAAUGCAGAAGCUGGGAAGCUGGGCAGCCCAGAGGGAGAAGCCUGACGGGACUGGCAGCUACAGGCCCCGCCCAGCCGGCGACUACAGGCCCCGCCCAGGUGACGGCUACAGACUCCACCUAGUUCGCAGCUACAGGCCCCGCCCAGCCGGCGGCUACAGGCCCCGCCCAGGUGACGGCUACAGACUCCACCUAGUUCGCAGCUACAGGCCCCGCCCAGCCAGCGGCUACAGGCCCAGCCCAGGUGACAGCUACAGACUCCGCCUAGUUCGCAGCUACAGGCCCCGCCCAGCCGGUGGCUACAGGCCCCGCCCAGGUGACGGCUACAGACUCCACCUAGUUCGCAGCUACAGGCCCCGCCCAGCCAGCGGCUACAGGCCCCGCCCAGGUGACGGCUAUAGACUCCACCUAGUUCGCAGCUACAGGCCCCGCCCAGCCGGUGGCUACAGGCCCCGCCCAGGUGACGGCUACAGACUCCACCUAGUUGGCAGCUACCGGCCCCACCCAGCCGGCGGCUACAGGCCCCGCCCAGGUGACGGCUACAGACUCCACCUAGUUCGCAGCUACAGGCCCCGCCCAGCCGGCGGCUACAGGCCCCGCCCAGGUGACGGCUACAGACUCCACCUAGUUCGCAGCUACAGGCCCCGCCCAGCCAGCGGCUACAGGCCCCGCCCAGCCAGCGGCUACAGGCCCCGCCCAGGUGACGGCUACAGACUCCACCUAGUUCGCAGCUACAGGCCCCGCCCAGCCAGCGGCUACAGGCCCCGCCCAGCCAGCGGCUACAGGCCCCGCCCAGGUGACGGCUAUAGACUCCACCUAGUUCGCAGCUACAGGCCCCGCCCAGCCGGCGGCUACAGGCCCCGCCCAGGUGACGGCUACAGACUCCACCUAGUUCGCAGCUACAGGCCCCGCCCAGCCAGCGGCUACAGGCCCCGCCCAGGUGACGGCUACAGACUCCACCUAGUUCGCAGCUACAGGCCCCGCCCAGCCGGCGGCUACAGGCCCCGCCCAGGUGACGGCUACAGACUCCACCUAGUUCGCAGCUACAGGCCCCGCCCAGCCAGCGGCUACAGGCCCCGCCCAGGUGACGGCUACAGACUCCACCUAGUUCGCAGCUACAGGCCCCGCCCAGCCAGCGGCUACAGGCCCAGCCCAGGUGACAGCUACAGACUCCGCCUAGUUCGCAGCUACAGGCCCCGCCCAGCCGGUGGCUACAGGCCCCGCCCAGGUGACGGCUACAGACUCCACCUAGUUCGCAGCUACAGGCCCCGCCCAGCCGGCGGCUACAGGCCCCGCCCAGGUGACGGCUACAGACUCCACCUAGUUCGCAGCUACAGGCCCCGCCCAGCCAGCGGCUACAGGCCCCGCCCAGCCAGCGGCUACAGGCCCCGCCCAGGUGACGGCUACAGACUCCACCUAGUUCGCAGCUACAGGCCCCGCCCAGCCAGCGGCUACAGGCCCCGCCCAGCCAGCGGCUACAGGCCCCGCCCAGGUGACGGCUAUAGACUCCACCUAGUUCGCAGCUACAGGCCCCGCCCAGCCGGCAGCUACAGGCCCCGCCCAGGUGACGGCUACAGACUCCACCUAGUUCGCAGCUACAGGCCCCGCCCAGCCAGCGGCUACAGGCCCCGCCCAGGUGACGGCUACAGACUCCGCCUAGUUCGCAGCUACAGGCCCCGCCCAGCCGGCGGCUACAGGCCCCGCCCAGGUGACGGCUACAGACUCCACCUAGUUCGCAGCUACAGGCCCCGCCCAGCCGGCGGCUACAGGCCCCGCCCAGGUGACGGCUACAGACUCCACCUAGUUCGCAGCUACAGGCCCCGCCCAGCCGGCGGCUACAGGCCCUGCCCAGGUGACGGCUACAGACUCCACCUAGUUCGCAGCUACAGGCCCCGCCCAGCCGGUGGCUACAGGCCCCGCCCAGGUGACGGCUAUAGACUCCACCUAGUUCGCAGCUACUGGCCCCGCCCAGCCGGUGGCUACAGGCCCCGCCCAGGUGACGGCUACAGACUCCACCUAGUUGGCAGCUACCGGCCCCACCCAGCCGGCUGCUACAGGCCCCACCCAACCGGCCGCUACAGACCCCAUCCACUCAGCGGCUACAGGUCCCGCCCUCAUCUUUCCACCCCCCUAACACGCAUCCCCACCUUUUCCCUAGAGUCAGGGAGUGGGUGA